CUCUGCCUGCCAGGCUGGAGUACGGUGGUGCAAUCUCAGCUCACCGCAGCCUUGACCUCCUGGGUUCAAGCAAUUGUCCCAUCUUAGUCUCCCGAGUAGCUGUGACUACAGGCACGCACCACCACACCCAGCUAAUUUUUGUAGAGACAGGGUUUCACCUUGUUGCCCAGGCUGGUCUCAAACUCCUGAGCUCAAGGGAUCUGCCCACCUUGGCCUUCCAAAGUACUGGGAUUACAGGUGUGAGCUACAGUGCCUGGCCUCAGGUAGUUCUUUUUUUUUUUUUUUUGAGACAGAGUCUCGCUGUCGCCCAGGCUGGAGUGCAAUGGCGCGACCUCAGCUCACUGCAGGCUCCGCCCCCCCGGGGGUUCACGCCAUUCUCCUGCCUCAGCCUCCCGAGUAGCUGGGACUACAGGCGCCCGCCACCUCGCCCGGCUAAUUUUUUGUAUUUUCAGUAGAGACGGGAUUUCACUGUGUUAGCCAGGAUGGUCUCGAUCUCCUGACCUCGUGAUCCGCCCGCCUCGGCCUCCCAAAGUGCUGGGAUUACAGGCGUGAGCCACCACGCCGGGCCAGGUAGUUCUUUAUAGCAGUGUGAAAACUAACACAGACUUGUUUCCAGUUUGGAACAUUCUAAGCAGGCUGCUGUGAACAUGUGUGUACAGUCUCUUGGUGCACACAUGACCUCCUUUCUGCAGGAUGUGAGUUCCCUCUACAGAGUCAGAGAUCUGUAUUUUCAACUUCUCCAUAUAAUGCCAAAUCAUUUCCUAAAGUGAUUGUACUUACCCUCUAUCCAGCAGUGAAUGAGAGUUUCUGUUGAUUUUGCUUUUUCAACUAGAAGUGAGAGGUGACAACGUGCUAGCAGCCCUUGCUCACUCUUGGUGCCUCCUCGGCCUCCACAUCCACUCUGGCUGUGCCCGGGGAGCCCUUCAGCCCACCACUGCACUGUGGGGGCCCCUCUCUGGGGCUGGCCAAGGCCCGAGCCGGCUCCCUCUGCUCGACGGGAGGUGUGGAGGGAGAGGUGCCGGCAGGAGCCCACACUGUGCAGGGCGCUCACCAGCCAGCAGGGGCUCGGCGGGCCAGCCGGUGCCAGCUGGGCUUGCCUGGGGAGAGCUCCCUCUGGGCUGCUGGAGUGCCUGGGCUGGGUGCCGCAAAGUCCCUCAGUGAGUGCCAUUGAGAGAAGAAGCUGGCUACGCUUCUGGGUCCGGUGGGGACCUGGAGAACUUUUCUGUCUAGCUAAAGGUUUGUAAACGCACCAAUCAGCACUCUGUGUCUAGCUAAAGGUUUGUAAAUGCACCAAUCAGCACUCUGUCAAAACGGACCAAUCAGCUCUCUGUAAAAUGGACCAAUCAGCAGGAUGUGGGUGGGGCCAGAUAAGGGAAUAAAACCAGGCCACCCGAGGCAGCAGCAGCGGCAGCAGCCCGCUGGAGUGCGUUUGCACGCUGUGGAAGCUUUGUUCUUUUGCUCUUUGCAAUAAAUCUUGCUUUGCUGCUGAUCACUCUUUGGGUCCGUGCUGCGUUUAAGAGCUGUAACACUCACCCAGAAGGUCCGCAACUUCACUCCUGAGGCCAGUGAGACCACAAACCCUCCAGAAGGAAUGAACAACUCCAGACGCACUGCCUUUAAGAGCUGUAACACUCACUGCGAAGAUCUGCAGCUUCACUCCUGAAGCCAACAAGACCACGAACCCACUGGGAGGAAUGAACAACUCCGGACACACCAUCUUUAAGAACUGUAACACUUACUGCCAGGGUCCGCGGCUUUAUUCUUGAAGUCAGCGAGGGCAAGAACCCACCAAUUCCAGACACAGAAGCAGUUAAUAACUGGCCUGAUUCAGCAGGAAGCAUCUCAGACACCAACCACCAUGCUGCCAGCAGUGGCCCGGGGCUACCGGGGCUGGUUUCAUCCCUGUGCUAGGCUUUCUGUGAGGAUGAGCAGCACUGGGAUAGACCAGAAGGGUGUCCUGGCUAACCAGGUAGCUGUGGUCACGGGGUCCACCAGUGGGAUUGGCUUUGCCAUCGCCCAGCGUCUGGCCCGGGAUGGGGCCCAUGUGGUCAUCAGCAGCCGGAAGCAGCAGAACGUGGACCGGGCCGUGGCUGAGCUGCAGUGAGAGGGGCUGAGCGUGGCGGGCACCAUGUGCCACGUGCAGAAGCCUGAGGACCGGCAGCGGCUGGUGACCAAGGCCCUGGAGCACUGUGGGGGCGUCGACUUCCUGGUGUGCAGUGCAGGGGUCAACCCUCUGGUGGGGAGCACCCUGGGGACCAGUGAGCAGAUCUGGGACAAGAUCCUAAGUGUGAACCUGAAGUCCCCAGCCCUGCUGCUGAGCCAGUUGCUGCCCUACAUGGAGAAGAGGAGGGCUGCUGUCAUCCUGGUCUCUUCCGUUGCAGUUUAUAUUCCGAUAGUGGAGCUGGGUGUCUACAAUGUCAGCAAGACAGCGCUGCUAGGUCUCACUAGAACACUGGCAUUGGAGCUGGCCCCCAAGGACAUCCGGGUAAACUGCCUGGUUCCAGGAAUGAUCAAGACUGACUUCAGCAAAGUGGUGAGGAUUGGUUGCAUGGGGAUGAGUCUUCCUGGAAGAACUUCAAGGAACAUCAUCAGCUGCAGAGGAUUGGGGAGUCAGAGGACUGUGCAGGAAUCGUGUCCUUCCUGUGCUCUCCAGAUGCCAGCUACAUCACCGGGGAGAGCAUUGCGGUGGCAGGCCUCUCCUCUCGGCUCUGAGAGGAGUGGGGGCGGCUGCACAGCUGUGGUCCCAGGCCCAGGAGCCUGAGGGGGUGUCUAGGUGAUCAUUUGGAUCUGGAGGCAGAGUCUGCCAUUCUGUCAGACUAGCAAUUUGGGGGCUUACUCAUGCUAGGCUUGAGGAAGAAGAAAAAUGCUUCAGUAUUCUCCUUAGGACUUAUCUGCUUGUAGAUUUGGCUGAUCCAAUCAACAUGUGGGGUUCUUGGUGUGGGGCUGGGGAGCUGAAGGGCUUUAUGGAGCUGGUGCUUUGGAGGAACCUUAAAGGAAAGGAGUAGAAGGUCAGGCCUUUGAAGGAUGUCAGCUCCUCCUCUCUGUAAUUUGUGCUUUAAGCAUUUUUUCCUAAAAUAAACUC